AGCUUAUCGCAGCUGCAGCGGUUUCCCGGAGAAGCCGAAUUUGGAGAGCGGCUGCUUCGAGGCCGGCGGGCGAGGUUGGCACCGAGCGGCGCUCGGAUUAAGCCUCGAAUUCUUCCACUGGCUCUCAGGAGCGAGUCCAGUCAGUCUGCCCACCAUCCAACCAGUCCUACCUGGCUCCCUCUCUCGGGGCUCCGAAGUGUGCAGGAAGGGAGGGCCCGAGGGAGGGGAGGUGGGCUGGGAGUCCCCGACUCCAUAUAAGGGCGAGGGCCGGGACGGCCAGGGGAGAGGAACGCGCGCCUGCGACGCCUGACUUUGGCCCGGCGCGCUCAGGCAGAGGCGGAGAAACCGACCGCUCCGUUUGAGCAGAGACGCGCCAGAACAUUUGGGAUUCAGUAACUCAGACGGCACCAUGAAAAGCUGGAUUCUUCUGUGUACCUUGCUGUUGAUGGGUGAGACUCUUCCUGCUCGGGUGCAUCGUACACGGAGGGAACUGGCACCUGGAUUGCAUGAACAGGGGAUACGGGAUGCAGAAGGCUCGUACUGUGGCCGGCAGGAUGCUUGUUGUCAUGGGAGGGAUGACGCCUGCACCAUCCCCUACUUUGAUACCCUUUGCUACUGUGACCUCUUCUGCAACCGAACCAUCUCUGACUGUUGCCCUGAUUUUUGGGAAUACUGUUUGGGCAUUGAACCACCAUAUCCAGUGCAGAAAGGCUGCAUUCACAAUGGUGUCAAGUUCCAUGCUGGAGCAACUUACCAUGAUAAUUGCAACCUCUGUACUUGCAAUGGGCAUGGUGAAUGGGAGUGUGAAAACCACAUCUGUCUUAUCAGUGGGGACAUGAUUGAUGCCAUCAACAGAGGGAAUUAUGGCUGGAGAGCUUCCAACUACAGCCAGUUCUGGGGGAUGACACUGGAGGAGGGCAUUCGGUAUCGUCUUGGCACCAUCAAGCCUCCUACAUCUGUCAUGAAUAUGAAUGAGCUUCAUAUCAACAUGGCCACCAAUGAAGUGCUCCCUUCCCAUUUCAAUGCUGCCGAUAAGUGGUCUGGGAUGAUCCAUGAGCCUCUCGAUCAAGGCAACUGUGCGGGAUCAUGGGCCUUUUCCACAGCAGCGGUGGCCUCUGACCGGAUCUCAAUCCACUCCAUGGGACAUAUGACACCUGCCUUGUCCCCCCAGAACCUGCUGUCUUGCAACACUCGCCACCAACAAGGGUGCAGUGGAGGCCGUGUGGAUGGAGCCUGGUGGUUCCUGCGCAGGAGAGGGGUGGUGACCGAUGAAUGUUACCCCUUUACCAGUCAAGAAAAGGAGAGCUCCCUUGCCAGUCCACCUUGCAUGAUGCACACCCGAUCCACUGGCAGGGGAAAGAGGCAAGCCACAGCACGUUGCCCCAACUCACAAACUGACUCCAAUGAGAUCUACCAAUCCACACCUGCAUAUCGUCUCUCCUCAAAUGAGAAAGAGAUCAUGAAGGAGUUAAUGGAAAAUGGACCUGUGCAAGCCAUCAUGGAAGUACACGAAGACUUCUUUGUGUAUCAAAGUGGGAUUUAUCAGCAUACUCCUGUAGCAGCUGGGAAGCCAGAACAGUACCGACGACAUGGUACCCAUUCUGUCAAAAUUACUGGAUGGGGAGAAGAACGGAAGCCGGAUGGGUCAAAAUGGAAAUAUUGGAUUGCAGCCAACUCCUGGGGCAAGGCGUGGGGUGAACACGGCUACUUCCGCAUUGCCAGAGGAAUCAAUGAGUGUGAGAUCGAAUCCUUUGUGGUGGGCGUCUGGGGCCGGGUUGGAAUGGAAGAUAUGCACCACAAGUAACGAAGAGAUUGGACCCUUCAACCUUGCAUUGUGAUAAUAGGAAGAAUUUCUUUCCUUCUGUUGGCCCUAUGUUUUCUUCUCCUCAAAACUUCUGGUAUCUAGAACAGUUACAGGACAUAACUACUAUGGGUUUGGCCUCCAAAGACAGCAGCCUUUGUCUCUGUUCUGGGGGAAGCCUAGAAUCAUCAUGUGGAUUUUGGACCUGGGAAGUCUUUGGAGGAUCCUUCCUCAGAUGGUGGGGAAGAAAAACCUGAGAACUUCUGAAAUGGCUACCAAAGUGCUACAGUUUCUUAAAAAGGACCAAGAGAAGAUAUCCAAUCUGACAUUUUGUUAUAUAUAACUCACAUACCCACAACCAAAGGGACCUGGAGAUAUCGGAAGCAAACCAGGAUUCCCUACCAAGGUUGGAAAGUUGCAGGUAAUUUGAAGAAACCUGCUGACUGGGACACCAGUCUUUUUUUAAAGACCUUCCUGUGAUCUACCUUACAGAAUCUUCUUGGAAGUGAUGACAUCUUUGACUUGACCUUCCCCAGAGGCAACCAUGAUAAAAUAAAGAGUUGUCAUCCUCUUGGGCCAAAUUUUCAAGCAUCUCAGGUAGUAACUCUACGGAUGAGUGGAUUUUUAGUCCUAGCAGGCAUGUCUGUAGCAAAUGGCCACUAACUCCAAAAAGGUGGAUGAACUAGAUGAAAGAAACCUUGCCUCAUUUUAUAUGUCUGCAAUGUGUCCUAAGAUUUUCAAGAAUAGCUAUAUAGGCUGAAAUCAACCCAUUUGGAUAGAAGCCAGACUGGGGGACGCUGGCUUAGCCUUGGUUCUCUGUCAACAUGGAACAAGUUCUUUCUUGCCAUCCUAUCUUAGAACAUAGAAUGACAGGGCUGGAAGAGACUUCAGAGUUCUUCUAAUUUAACCACUACUCAAGGCAGUAAUUUUUUUUAAAUUUGCAUUUAUAUCCCGCCCUUCUCCGAAGACUUAGGGCGGCUUACACUAUAUUAGCAAUAGUCUUCAUUCUAUUUGUAUAUUUAUAUGCAAAGUCAACUUAUUGCCCCCAACAAUCUGGCUCCUCAUUUUACCUACCUUAUAACGGAUGGAAGGCUGAGUCAACCUUGGGCCUGGUGGGACUAGAACCUGCAGUAAUUGCAGGCAGCUGCUGUUAAUAACAGACUGCAUUAACAGUCUGAGCCAUAGACUGUAAUCAAAGUAAUCAAAGUGAAGUAAGUAUCUGAUACCCCUUAGUCAACACCAGCCUUUCUCCAAUAGUCCUUCUCAGCUAUGUUGGGCUUCCGAGCCCCACAAUUUCUAACAUGGCCAUCUAUGGACAUCAAGGCACAAAUCUCUGGAGAGCACCAGGAUGAGGUCAAGCUGCCUUGUGUGUCCACCACAAUGGAAGGAGGACUUCCUGUGUUUCUUAAGCUUCCUUGUUCAGCCCACCACGAGGUAUUGCUGCUCCAAAGACAAUGCAAUUCCAUCACAGCUUCAGCAGCUGAGAGCUUUGCCAGUUGGCUUUCCAAGCCCAAGCUGAAAUCGGCCCCAGGCCAUCUGUUUUAGGUCCAUCUCAACUGGAAAAUAGGAGGAAAUUCUCCUCCUCCUGUCUCCUCUGCCUGGUUUCAACUCCCAUGGAUUUUUUUUUCCAUUUCCCUGCGGCAGAGCCGAACGCCCACUUUUGCUGAGUCCAACAACUUGGUGCAUCAUCCUGGCUCUGACCCAUAGUGAAAACUUUUAUCCUCCUGCCUGAAGCCACUCUCCGUUUACCCUGCUGCCUUUCCUCUUUUUCUUUUUCUUUUUCUUUCUUUUUCUUUUUCUCUUUUGGCUUUUGAUGCCCGUCUCUGCACCUUCCGUGCUGGCGUGAGAGUCUCUCACUGCUAAGCCUCCCUUGGCUUAGCGGCCCUUUGUUGAGAACUUAAGGCUGUUGAAAGGGGAGGCCUUCAGCCAGCUAGGCAGGUUGGUUUUGUCCCAUUCUGCAAGCUUUGCAAGCGCCAGUGUAAACACCGAACGGCUGCCAUUUGUGUGAAAGAAGCGGAAAAAAGCGCAUUAAAAGGUGCGUGUUCACGCAUGACCGAGGCAGGGAGCUUUGGAAGAAGUGCCUGUGCUAGCAGUCCUUCCAUGGAGCCGGAAAACUCUUUUAUGUGUGGAUGAAGGGAGAAAAUGGAGCUUCCUCUCCUAAUACCUGAUCAAAGCAGAGAUUAGGGGAAUCUCGGCCUAGCUGUCCUGGUUGGGGAGGUGGGAGGGAUGGGGACAAAUCAAGGUUAGCCUUCAGGCUGCAAUUAGAAGCUGGUCUAAUGGGCUGCUUAGCUGCAUACAUUUGAAAGAAGAGGAACUUCCCUUGAUGCUUUCAACUUGGUUACUGAAAACAUCCAUUUUAUGGAUUGGAACAAUUUGUGGAAAGCCCACAAGCUGGACUUGUACCAUAUGCUAAGCUUCCAAAGGACAAAAUCAGAUGAAAACCAAUGCAGCUGCUAGAUUUGUAACAGAUCUGCUAAGCAUAAUUGUGCAAACCAGGCUAGAAAGCUAGCUUUUCAGGCUGGGUUUGAAUCUGACCUGUUCUAGUAAGCUUUCUCAGUAAGGGGCGUUUUUAUGACUACUUAAAAAUAUAUAUCAUUAUUUGGUCUAAUUGGCCUUCAUUUGGCAGUCCAGGCCAAACAAAGAUGAAUUUCUUUCCGGUGAAUUGAAACAGGGCAGUAGACAUGCAACCACCAUCCACAGGCAGCUGUAAUUCCAUUUUAGGUAGGUUUUGCAGCCACUCAGUUUGGCAAGGACUAAACCCCUACAUGCUAGCUUAUCUGUCUAUUUUUAUCCAUUGCUUAGGGCCUGUGCUCUAGAAGUUAAGAUUCAGAUGUGUAUCCAAAGGGUAAGAUGUCCUUUCAGUUGAGCUCUGAUGUGACCCAGUAGUGGUAUUCACUUACUUUCGCUACUGGUUCUCAAAUGUGAGCGCGCGCCACCUCUGCGCAUGCACAGAGCCUUCUGUGCAUGCGCAGAGAGUCCGUGAUGAUAUCCGGCAAGUGGGUGGAGCUUCCCGCCACCACCGCUACCGGUUCGCCUGAACUGGGAAGAACCGGUAGAAUCCCACCACUGAUGUGACCCUUAAAAUAUACCUGGGCAGUUUCCUUGGCUACAUUAUGGAAGUAGUUGACAAUUGACUUUUUUCAGAUUCCUUUUCAACUUCCCAGUCUAGGUCUACAUCCCUGGGAUGUUUUAGAAGUCUCACAUCUCCCAGAACUAAUCUCACUUAACUUCUGAAACUUCCUGUUCCCUAAUCAAAGAUGAUACCUGAGUGAACAAGCAAAACUCCACCAUAAUUCCCCAGGUGGUAAAUGUCAUUUAAAUAUAUAUAUAUAUAUAUCUUAUCAGGUAAAAAUCUUUAUUCCUGGAAAAGAAAAAUACUGCUACCUUGACUAAGCAUGAAACAUCUGCAGUUCAAUUUCAGUAUUUAUUAUUUUGCUUUUGUUUAUUUGUUUCUUGUGAAUAAAGUCCAUUGAAGAUGCUGGCAGGAAUUGUGUGUGAUUAGUUUAUCAGCCCUGUCCUAGAUUCCCAGCUAAGUUUUAUCUAGGUCCCUUCCUGAAUUAAAUGUGAUGAUUAGGCAAAAAUUUUAAAGCUUGUAGAAUUAGUAGUUGAUGAGCUGCGAAAGUUAUUUGUAGAGAGGUUUUUUUUUUUUUUUCUCUAUGAAGAACUACUGAAUUUUCACAAAGGCAUUGAAGCCUGAAAAUGUGAUGGAUAUAGAUUAGCAUUAGGUAGCAGAAGUACAAAUAGUAAAAGAGAGAAAGGCAGAGAGAUAAUAAAGAUAGAAUAGAUAGAUAGAUAGAUAGAUAGAUAGAUAGAUAGAUAGAUAGAUAGAUAGAUAGAUAGAUAGAUAGAUAGAAAGAUAGAUAGAAAGAUAGAUAGAAAGAUAGGCGAGAGAAUGAGAGAGCAAGAAAGAUGACAGAUAAAUAAAAUACGGUAGAUGAUAGAGAAGAGAUGAUAAAAAGAGGGGGGAAGAGAGCCUGGCUUUUUAUAGAUCAUGGAUACAAUGAAAGAUAAAGCCCCUAUGAAGUGGGCUGUCUCCUGGUGAAAUACCUACAUGCUUUGCCCCGGCCUCCUUUUAGGAGCUUUUCAAUUUUUUGUACAGUUUGUAUAGUUCCUUGCUGGUCUCCCUGCUUGGGGCUCAUCUGCUUUGAUUUAGUGCUGCCACCUGCUGUAAAUAAAAAGUAUGAAGGGUGUGAAAGUGGGAGACUUAAAACAGAGCUUUGCUGUAGGAAAAUUGGCAUUUUGUUCAUAUUUUGCUUGUCCCCCAGGAGUGUGAUAAAUUUGUGAUGAGGGUACCAAGUUUCUAGCUUUCCCAUCACAUAAGGCUCCUUAUAGAAAACAGCAGCGGAAUGCAAAGAUACAUUUUCUUUGGCUGUGAAGGGAACGAAAGCCUGAAAAUCCAGAUGCGUCUGUUUUUAUCCAGAUUGAAAUUGUUUGGGUUGCCAAAACAAAACAAAACAAACAAACAGUACAAAUGAAAUAGUUGAAAAUACCACUGUUAUAUCUGCAUUAGAGCAGAUCCUGGUGUCUUAGGAGGACCUCCAAAUGAUGGGUUGCACAUUAAGCACCGUAAAAUAAAGCCAAAUUGGAAGGAUCACCACCAGUGAAGGCUCAGAAGCAGCUUCUUUGUCCCCUCUGCCCCUGUGUCCCCUGCUCAACUCCUCACUUAGGAAGGGGGGGGGACUUGCAUACUUAGCUCCCUUCCUCUCCGUCGGAAUGCUUUCAUGGGUAGAAAGGCCAAGCCUGGGAAGCUGGGCAGCCGCGAUAAGGUCUCCUGCCUUUGUCUCGCUUCCUGUUGUGCUGGGAUGUUGUCACCUUGGAAAUCCUCCUUUGCAGCCCUUAGUGCCAAAAAGAGGCAACCCGGAGCAUUGGCUGCAGGGGCAGUUUGUAUCUGUGGGUGUGUGCAAAUACACAUCGUGUGUGUGUGUGAACGUGCAUGUUUCUCUGUGUGUGCACGUAUGUCUACGUGUGUGCUGAUGUGCUCAGAGGCCCCUUCUUCCUCUCCAUUUUGUUUGUCUUUCAAGCUACGAGGAAGGAUCUGUUUUGUCCUUGAGCGUUCUUUUGUAUACUGACCACUUAAUCAGGGCACACAAAACCAACACAAAUAGGCAAGGAGUCAGUUUGUUUGUUCCAGUCUGUUUGUUCCAUCACUCUCAAUCACAAUCACACACAAACACACACAAACACAGGAAGUCCUCGACUUAGGAUCACAAGUGGGAGCAGAAUUUCAGUUGCUAAGCAAGUCUUCCCUGAUCCCUGGUUGUUAAGAGGAGGCUGCACUUGUUAAGUGGCCCUGGCUUUUCCUAUUGACUUUGCGGGUCAGAAACCGGCUGAGAAGGUGACAAAUGGAGAUGACGUGAUGUUACAACUGCCUCUGCCACACCUGCCAGGACCAAGUGCCUAAAUUUUGGCCAUGUGACUGUGGGAAUGCUGUGACAGUUAUGUGAGGACUGGUCGUAAGUCAGAGUUUCCCUUGCCAUUGCAACUUUCAGUGGCCACUAAACAAACGCUUGUCAGUCAAAUACUAUCGCUAUAAUAUUGUAUGUAAUGCAACAUUACAUUAUCAUAAUAUACAUAAUAUGUCGUAAUAUCAUAUAGUAAACUUUAUAUAUAAUGUAUAAUGCUAUAUAGAUGUUUUAAAUAAAUAAAUAAAAUCUCCUCAAAAAUGAAGAAGCACUGAAACUUUCAGAAGAUUCAGUUUCUUUUGCAGGUAGUCCUCAGCUUAUGGCCACAAUUGAGCCCAGAAUUUCUGUUGUUAAGUGGGACAUUUGUUAAGUGAAAUUUGCCCCGUUUUAGGACUUUUCUUGCCACCGUUGUUAAGUGAAUCACUGCAGUUGUUACAUUAGUAACACGCUUCUUAAGUGAAUCUGGCUUCCCUGCUGACUUUGUCAGGAAGUCCCAAACCCCCAGGACACUGCAACUGUCAUAAAUAUGGGUCAGGUGCCAGGCCUCUGAAUUUUGAUCGCGUGACCAUAGGGAAUGCCGCAACGGUCGGAAAUGUGGAAAAACGAUCAUAAGUCACAUUUUUUCAGUGAUGUUGUAACUUUGAAUGGUCACUAAACAAACUGUCGUAACUUGAGGACUACCUGUACACCUGUCUAUAGGCAAUUUAGUUUACUCCAGGCAAACUCUGUCAAAGAUCUUUUGAAAGUAAAACCAUUCAACACUAAUAGGGUUGCCUCUAUUCUGGUGCCCGUUGACUGCGAGGCAGGCUCAAUCCUUGCAACAUUCAUGGCGGUGGUUGUCCAUCAGAACAGAUUCUUCCUCUGUACAAGUUAUUUUUGUAAGUGUAUUGUUUCUUCUAAUGUUCCUGGAAUUGAUGUUAAAAUGACUGGCCUGUAAUUUCCUGGAUCUCUCCUUGUCUCCCUUUUUUUU